GCUGGGCCCUCAGUGCGCAUGUGCACAGCAGCUGGCUGGGGCCCGGACUAGGGGCGGGCUUGAAGACGCGUCGUUUGGUUUUGGACACAGUGACAGAGCUAGUUAGGUUCAUCCGUUGGGCGGAAAGCCUUUGUCAGGUGUCCGGCCAAGAACAAGGUCCGCGAGAUUCCCAAUGGUGUCCAUGACUUUCAAGCGGAGCCGCAGCGACCGGUUCUACAGCACCCGGUGCUGCGGCUGUUGCCAUGUCCGCACCGGGACGAUCAUCUUGGGGACCUGGUACAUGGUGGUAAACCUGUUGAUGGCAAUUUUGCUGACUGUGGAGGUAACUCAUCCAAACUCAAUGCCAUCUGUUAACAUUCAGUAUGAAGUCAUUGGCAAUUACUAUUCAUCUGAGAGGAUGGCAGACAAUGCCUGUGUUCUUUUUGCCGUCUCUGUUCUUAUGUUUAUAAUCAGUUCAAUGCUGGUGUAUGGAGCAAUUUCUUAUCAAGUGGGUUGGCUCAUUCCAUUCUUCUGUUACCGGCUUUUUGACUUCGUCCUCAGUUGCCUGGUUGCUAUCAGUUCUCUCACUUAUUUGCCAAGAAUCAAAGAGUAUCUGGAUCAAUUACCUGAUUUUCCCUAUAAAGAUGACCUCCUGGCAUUGGACUCCAGCUGCCUCCUGUUCAUUGUUCUUGUGUUCUUCGUCUUUUUCAUCAUCUUUAAGGCUUAUCUAAUCAACUGUGUUUGGAACUGCUAUAAAUACAUCAACAACAGAAACACACCAGAGAUUGCUGUGUACCCUGCCUUUGAAGCACCGCCACAGUAUGUUUUGCCAACCUAUGAAAUGGCCGUGAAGAUGCCUGAAAAAGAGCCACCACCGCCUUACAUACCUGCCUGAAGACAUUCUGCCUUUGUCAGUAACCCUGACACCACCAGCUUUUGUCUCGUUUGUUUUACAGAAUGCUGCAAUACAGGGCUCUUCAGACUUGUUGAUAUAAACUACCUUUUCCUUUGUUUAAACAUUUAUUUUCGAACACUAACAAGCUUUUGAACAUCUAUUAUAAGUCAGCUUUUUUGUUUGUUUGUUAAAUCUAUUACAUUUUAGUAGUCUUUGAAGACAAUCUAGGUGAAGCAAGAGCAAAGUGCCAUUGUUUGCCUUUUACUGGGGGGUGGGAAGGGCUAUUCUCUACACAUUUUCUUUUUUAACUUUGCACUUUCUUUAUAUAAUAGUUUGCAUUUUGGUUAUGUGCUGCCCUGGAUACUUUCAGGAGGAAUGACUAAAAUAUUCAGGGUGAGUGAGUUAGCUCUAAGAUCUGAAGUUUUCAGCUAUGAAAACAGGACAAAUAUAUAACAUUUUAACGUGACUGGAAGAUGAUGGUUGCAUGUUUCUGAUUUGUAUGUGUUUCCAUUUUGUGAUAAGAUGCUUUAAUAAAUUUCUUCAAGUUUACUGUCG